AUGCAUGCUAACGGAAGCUUCACAGCCCAACAGCGUCUGUCUCAGGUUUCCUCCCACUUCGGUGGCCGCAAGGGAGCCGCUGCUUUGACCGAAAAGCACCCCGAUGAUAUUGUUGUCACAUGUGCCCUCCGCUCCGCCUUGACCAAGGGCGGCAAGGGUGGCUUCAAGGAUACCGCUGCUGCUGAUCUCUUGGCCGGUGUAUUUAAGGCUGUCAUUGCCAAGAGUGGCAUCGACCCUAGUGCCGUGCAGGACAUUGCCGUGGGCUCCGUCCUUCCUCCCGGCGGUGGUGCUACCGAGUUCCGCGCUGCUGCUCUCGUGGCUGGUUUCCCCGAGACCGCUGCCGUCAAGGCCUUGAACCGCCAGUGCUCCAGUGGUCUGCAGGCUGUUAUUGAUAUCGCAAAUGCUUUGCAGUCAGGCAUGAUCGAUGUUGGUAUUGGUGCCGGUGUCGAGAGCAUGUCCUCGCAGUAUGGUCCGGGUGCUGUCACCGAAUUCUCUGAGCUCCUCGAGAGCCACCCCGAGUCCGCCAACUGCAAGGUCCCCAUGGGUGUCCUGUCCGAGGACAUGGCCAAGGACCGCAACAUCAGCCGUGCGUCCCAAGAUGCUUUCGCUGCUUCCUCAUACCAGAAGGCCGAGAAGGCUCAGGCCGCUGGCUUGUUCAAGGAGGAGAUCGCUCCUCUUGAGGUCAAGUGGACUGACCCUAAGACUGGUGAGGAGAAGACCAUCACCGUCAAGGAGGAUGACGGCAUUCGCAAGGGUAUGACCGCCGAGUCAUUGGCCAAGAUCCGCCCUGCCUUCGCCAAGGAUGGCUCCAUCCACGCUGGUAAUGCCUCUCAGAUCUCCGACGGUGCCGCGGCCGUUCUGCUGAUGAAGCGUUCCACCGCUGAGCGCCUCGGCCAGAAGAUCAUUGGCAAGUACGUCUCCGCCAGCAUUGUUGGUGUCAAGCCCCUGCUCAUGGGAAUUGGUCCCUGGAAGGCCAUCCCCGUUGCUCUGGAGAAGGCUGGAAUUACCAAGGAUGAUGUGGAUAUCUUUGAGAUCAAUGAGGCCUUUGCUUCUCAAUGUGUCUGGUGUGCGAACGAGCUCGGUCUGCCCAUGGAGAAGAUCAACCCCAAGGGCGGUGCCAUUGCUUUUGGCCACCCUCUCGGCUGCACCGGUGCUCGUCAAGUGAGCACAUUGCUCACUGAGCUCAAGCGCACAAACAAGAAGGUCGGUGUCACUAGUAUGUGUGUUGGCACUGGUAUGGGAAUGGCGGCUGUCUGGGUUGCCGAAUAA